UCCUUCGCUCUGAUUGGCUCCGGCCUCCCUGAUCAGGUUGCUAGGCAACGCCACGAGAAGUGGGAAGAAGGAAGAAGGCCGCGAUGAGACGGGACCGAGGCAGUUCGGAGGAGGGGCCUCCUUCGGGAACUGGAAAGAAGGAGUCUCGAUGGAAGACAGCAUCAAAUGGGAGGACAGGUCUGAAGGAGGAAGAGGAGGAAGGCGCUUCCCAGCAGCCCAGGCGGUUCCUCAAGCAGAAGCCUGCCUCCGGGGCCACGGAUGACCUGGGGACACUGGGCCCCGAUCCGGCCCUGCAGAGGCUCCUAGGGCCCCUCUCUGCCCCGCCGGCCAGGCCCAGCCCCGCCCUCAGGAAAGCGGCACAGAUCCAGAGCAGAAUAUUCCGUCGUCGGGAAGAAGGCGCCAAGCACCUGGCUGCCCUUUUGGAUGCUUCUGAGCUCUCCUCCUCCGACCCUGACUCUGUCCUGAGGGGCUCCCGAGACACCGAGGGCAGGCAGAAGAAGGACCCUCCACCCCGUGCUGCCUCAUUGCGACCCCCCAGCAGGGCAGCAGCCCACUCCCCAUCGCCACAAGGGAGCCGUCUGUUUGCAACACCCAGCCUGGAAGGGCCCUCCCUUGAGGAGGAUCAAAGCGCCAUCCGGUCCCUGGAUGAGUUGUUCUCCGAACGGGACCAAGACGCCUCCUUCGCCUCCUCUGACAGCGAUUUCCGGGUGAAUGUCUUGAGCCUGGAUGACUUGGCACCUGCAGGAGGCAUCGAGGAGGAGGAGGAAGAGUCUCGAGAAGAGCAGGCCCACCCGGUGGCUGGGGAACCCUGGAAGAAACCGGACGCAGCAUCCUUGACUGCUCCUUUGGCCGCCACCCGAAGCAUCUUCAGUGCCUCGAAAGAUGUCGGCGGAAGAGAUCUACCCUCCGAGGAAGAAGAGGGGGCGGAGGAGGCGGGAGAGACUGAGAUCUCAGAACGACUGGGCAGCCCUUCCGAAGCGCCGCCCUCCUCUUCCGGAUCUCCUGGGGAGGCUGAGUAUUUGGAUGACUUUGAACCGCCCUCUUCCUCCUCUACGACCUCGCAGUCAUCAUCUGAGGAAGGAGCCACGUCGGAAGAGUCGCGUUCAAAAGCUUCCCCGUCUCGUUCCAGCCAAUCAUGUUCCUCUUCCCUCUGGCAGCUUCCCAGUACCCAUAAGCAGAGGACGACGAAAAUGAUGGAUGCGGCAGUGCAGACCAACAGCCUCCCACCGCUUUCCCAAUGGAUGCAGGCGGAUAUCCCUCUCAUCGGCCUGGCGUUAGGUGGAGGAAGCAAUAUGGGCGCCGCUCCCAUUGGCAGCCCUGCCCUGAGCCUGGACGCCAUCGAAGGCCUGGCAGGUCAUAGUCCAGCGGCCUUUGCCUUGAAUGAGAUGCUGAAGGAGAACCUGCUGUUCAUCCGGCAUUAUUCGGAGACCAGCCGUCGUCUCCACGCGUCCCUGGUGGCUUCCCUGGAGGAAGAGCGCUACCACUACCACACGCUGGAAGAAGCCAAGAUGUACAUCCAAAGCCACAAGGCCCGGCCUCUGACUGCGGAGCCAGCCUUACUAGAAGGAGAGGAGCAGGAGGUGGUGGAGGCGCCUUCAGAUUGAUUUUAACCGGGGCCACAAGCAAGGAAGGAAGGCGAGCUGCAGAAGAGAAGCUGCUUCUCCCAGAGGGGACUGCGACGGCAAGGAACGGUGAUAGCAAACCCUCCGCGGAGAUUGGAACGGUGGAAUUGUGCACCCCCGACACAAACACAAUUAAAACAGCUCUCGACGUAGGAGAA